AUGGCUACAGAUGGUAAUACUCUGCAGGUUCCCUUGCGUCAGAAGCCGAGGAGGAAAACUCAAGGGUUUUUCAGCAUGAGUCGCAGAAGGGUUUCAUGUAAAGAUCUGGGACACGCUGACUGCCAAGGGUGGCUAUACAAGAAAAAGGAGAAGGGGACUUUCCUGAGCAACAAAUGGAAAAAGUUCUGGGUGGUCCUCAAGGGGUCAUCCCUGUACUGGUACAGUAAUCAAAUGGCAGAGAAGGCUGAUGGAUUUGUCAACCUGCCUGAUUUCACUGUGGAAAGAGCAAGUGAAUGCAAGAAAAAGCAUGCUUUUAAGAUCAGCCAUCCAGAGAUCAAGACCUUUUAUUUUGCGUCUGAGAAUUUGCAAGAAAUGAAUGUGUGGUUAAAUAAGCUUGGACUGGCUAUAAUCCAUCAGGCGUCCACGGCACAAGAUGAAGAAUGCUACAGUGAAAGUGAACAGGAUGAUCCUGAAGUAGCUGUGGAGACACCACCACCCCCUUACUCUUCGGAGACUCUGUCUGCUUCGGCUGCACAGCAGGCAUCCUCAUCCUCACCCAAGCUGAGUGGAGCAUCGUGUUCUUUCUCUACCCUGGAAAAUGCAAAGAAGACGUCCAGCAGUGUGUCAUCCUCCUCAUCUAAAGAAAGACAGUCUGGGCUCGACACUGCUAACAGUUCCUCUGCUGCUGAAGACACAGGGCAGUCUAUAACAUUUGCAGUGCAGGUUCAUUUGCCUCUCCCUUCAGAGGCAAAUAGUUAUAAGGCCCAGGAUGAUGACGCAUCAGAAAGUGGAUUUUUGAACUCUUUAUCUAGUGAUGAUACUUCUUCAUUGAGUAGCAACCUAGACCACCUGACUGUCCCAGACAAGUCUACUGGAUCCAAGACAAUGAACAGAGAAGAAACAAAAGCAUCUGAAGAUGAUGAAAUGGAAAAGCUCUACAAAUCAUUAGAGCAGGCAAGUUUGUCUCCUCUUGGGGACAGAAGACCUUCAACUAAAAAGGAAUUGAGAAAAUCUUUUGUUAAGCGAUGCAAAAAUCCAUCCAUAAACGAGAAACUCCACAAAAUCCGAACUUUGAAUAGCACAUUAAAGUGUAAAGAACAUGACUUGGCCAUGAUUAACCAGCUGCUGGAUGAUCCGAAUUUAACAGCCAGGAAAUACAGGGAAUGGAAGAUCACGAACAGUCUGUUGAUUCAGGAUAUCUACCAGCAGCAGCGGGCCAUACCAGCCCCUGAGGACAAUCCCCAGGAACUUGAGAAACAACCCUUCUCAACCUGUGUCGAAAGUUCUAUUUGA